AUGGACGCUUGGAGAACAGCAGAACUUGAGGUACUUCAAGCUGGAGCACUGACAGGAAGAGUCAAUCAAUCGAGGAGUCUAUACUGGAAGAUAUUCUUGGGGUUUCUUCCGUGUCGAAACGUCGAUGCAUGGCCAAAUCUACAUUCUCAUGAGCGUACUCAGUAUGAUCAACUGAGAUCCAAGUAUAUCUUUGAUCCCGCUACUGCUGCCCAGGGUGCUCGUGACUGGAGUCUGAAUAAUCCCUUGUCUUUGGACGAAGAGAGUCCAUGGAAGCAGUAUUUUGAAGACGUGGAGCUGCAGAAAGUGAUUCGCCAAGAUGUCGAGAGAACAUUUCCCGAUCAAGCUUUCUUUCGUGCUGAAACUGUACAGAACAUGAUGACGGACAUCCUCUUCAUAUGGUGUAAACUGAAUCCCGACGUGUCUUAUCGACAAGGAAUGCACGAGAUACUGGCCCCAGUUCUUAUGGUCGUGCAUCAAGAUCGUCUAGUGGAAUACGAUUCAGAUCCCAUCAAACUGGCAGUAUUUAGUCCUGUUCACGUGGAACACGAUUCUUGGGUCUUGUUUGACAGGAUAAUGAAGUCUGCCAAGAUAUGGUAUGACACGGGUGAAGAUGGUGAUCCUCGUCGAGUCUCGUCAAAUUCAAGAAUGUCAAGUUCAAAGUAUUCAGAUCGAACAUCCGCCCAGGCAAGAAAAGUCAUUCCUGUGGUCGCAGUAUGUAAACGCAUUCAAGGAGACUUGUUACGAGCUACAGAUUUUGAUUUGUGCUUCCAUUUGGAACGAGUUGGCGUAGAACCUCAGCUUUAUGGCAUCCGAUGGUUGAGGUUGCUAUUCGGACGAGAGUUUCCAUUCUCAGAGUUACUAGUAUUAUGGGAUGGUAUCUUUGCGGAUGGGCCAUCUUUGGGUCUAGCGGAAUGGAUUUGUGUUGCUUUGCUAGUAGCUGCCAGACGUGAAGUGUUGGGCCAAGACUUUUCGAUGGUCUUGCACAAGCUAAUGAGGCCGCCAUCAAGCGAUAAUUCCAAUGUGUCUGCUGUCUUCUUCCUGAAUAGCGCUCGAACACUUCGUACUCGAUACACUCAAACCCGACCUGUUACCACAUCAAACGAAUCUCCUCGUCGAUCAUCAGCCACGACUAGUAAUAGUAAUAUACCAUCCUCACCUUCAGCAAUAGACUCAGAUGUUGGUAAUAAUAAUACUGGUAAUCUGACGCCAUCGCAACCGAAACGACGAGCGGGACCUGCACCAUGGGCAACUCCCAUUCAGGGCACUCCUAAUAGUAUAAAUUUGAAACCUCCUACUUUGAAUGGUGCUACUCCUACUGCUGGAACAUCCACUCUGACCACUCCCGCCUCGUCGUCAUCAUCUUUAUCGGAAACAUCCAAGGAAGCCUCAUCAGAUAAAUCUCCCAAACCACCAACUGCCGCUGACACAGUAAUUAAUUCAACUCCCAUUGCAUCAAAUGUCGCUGCUGGUGCAGAUACCAAACCAGUUGAACCGCCGACAAGUAUAACAGCACGACCUAAUGGAUUCUUAGCUGAUGAGGCCAGAGCUCGCGAAAGGCUAGCACAACUAGAACGUGAACGGGAGGUUAUAGAGCAGCGAGAUUCUAAACUUAUAUGGAAUCUGAAAGAACAUGUAGCUACAUUGACGAGUUCCUUGUUGGGACAGUCAGCUACGCCGGAAGUGCUUGACGCAUUACAAGGAUUGAGGAGCGUCAUUGCUGAUCUAGGUGGUGAUCCGUUUGCUGUAAAUGAUCCUGUAUCGACGGAUUUCGUAAAUCGUAGUGUAGUCGAGACACAGCAUGGUGAUGAUUCACCUAAAAUACCAGCCAAGCCAGUAAAAUACCAUACGAAAACCAGCACAGAAGAAAUCGUGGAUGCUAUAGACGAUUUUUUGUCUUCGGCCGAUACUCCAUCAACAAGAUCAACAUCACCAUCCAAGUCUGAACUUCGAUCGUCACCAUCUAUGCCUUCAAAUGCAUCACCAUCUAUGCCUUAUGCUACAUCACUAAAUCCUGACAGUCUACCACCUUUAGCUCCUUCAACAAUACCGAUACAGCCGCAUGACGAUACAUGGGCAUCCGAGAAACCAUUACUCGGAAAGAUGUCUACUCCUAAUAUAACAGCAGAUAUACCAUCGGGCAUAGAACAGGAUCCAUGGGGCUCUCCUCAGUCGAAUAGCAAUAGUCCAGCAGUCGAGGCGAUGAUGAAAGGACUGUCUCGAAUGUCACCGUCACGAUCAACUGCACGUAAUAACCACGAAGACGAAGAUGAUGAUCCGAAUGAUGUGCAAAGGAUGUUCGCAAUGACGAGAGAAUACCCACACACGAAUAGGUCAUCACUUGUCAGAACACCAUCUCCGACGUCAAAGUUUUUUGAUAGUGUGUUGUCGACUGUAUCGACUGCAGUAUCAAACGGUGUGUCAUCUGCUACCGCUGGGAUUAAUGCCUUGACUCAGGCCGUUGAGAACAGUAAUAUGAAGGCUAGAGAUCCGUUUGGUGUUGGUACUGUGGGUGGCUCAGAGACCAGAAGGACUCUGCAGCCGACUGAACGAGGUCCAUUAUAG